AUGUCUACAACUCAGACCAAAUCUGGUGCUCAAGGUACCAAGUUCAGAAUGUCACUCGCAUUACCAAACGGUGCAGUGAUGAACUGUGCAGACAAUAGUGGAGCCAAAAACUUGUAUGUGAUGGCCGUGAAAGGCUUUGGUGCAAGAUUGAAUAGACUACCAGCUGCAGCAGCAGGUGAUAUGGUUAUGGCUACAGUUAAGAAGGGUAAGCCCGAAUUAAGAAAGAGAGUUAUGCAGGCCAUCGUCAUUAGACAGGCUAAACCAUGGAGAAGAAAGGAUGGUACCUUUUUGUACUUUGAGGAUAAUGCAGGUGUUAUUGCCAACCCUAAGGGAGAAAUGAAGGGUUCUGCCAUUACUGGACCUGUUGCCAAGGAGUGUGCAGAUCUAUGGCCUAGAAUUGCUUCAUGUUCUGGAGUUGUUGUUUAA